AUGCCACUGCCUAUCCAGUCCUUUAUUUCCAGUACCAAGAGCACAAUAUUAAAACAAUACGACGGGCGUUUUCGCGAUAUAUUUGAGCACAUCUAUGCAACAGUCUAUAUGGAUCAGUUCAAUGCGAAGAAAAUUUGGAGUGCCAACGGACUAGGCCAGUGUCAACAAACAACAGCAUCUCGAAACAUGUCGAGAAGGCACUGUGCUGCAUUUUAUCGAGUUACAAAGACAGCAGUGAAGCCAAGGAUGCUUGCAGUGUUUCAUCGUGACAAUGUAAGCACUCAGAUUUCCCGUCAAAUGUACGGCAUGCAAGAUGUCAUUUUUUUUUUGCUCUUAUUGUCGACAAUCAAUGGAUAUCAUAAAUUAGUGAGUGACACUCAAGAAAACGAAACUAGGCUGGGACGCACUAGGCCUACCGGUGCGAUCAUGCGUUUUUGCACUAAACUCGCAGAUCGCUAA